AUGGAAACAGCACACACACGAGCCGUCGAGGCUCUACAACCGUUUAUUCACCUCGCCAAAGCAAACAGCGCCACCUCCCCCCGCUUCGUCGCCAACCUAAUCACAAAUGCCACUUCCAGCCCUCACACCUUCGUCUUCGCCGAGCUACUGGAGACACCAACCAUCCAAUCCUUAAGCUCCCCCGACACACCAGCAGAAUACCAGAGCUACUUGAAGCUUCUGCAGAUCUUCGCUUGGGGCACAUGGCAAGAUUACGAAGGUAACGAAGCCUCCAAACCCACCCACACCGCAUCAACCCCCAACCUCCCUAAAUUGAGCUUCGAGCAAGCGCAAAAACUCCGUCUCCUUUCUCUCCUCUCCCUCGCAACAACUACCAAGCCUUUGACCUAUCAAUCUCUCAUGUCCGCCCUCUCCCUCUCCACACCAGGUGACCUCGAAUCCCUCGUCACAACCGCAAUCUACAGCUCCCUGAUUACGGCGCGCUUAUCGCCCGCCACAACACCGGCUACUAUCAAUGUGACAUCUAUUGCGCCGCUGCGGGACAUACAGCCGCACUCGCUCCCGCAAAUGCACAGUCUCCUUACGGCGUGGCAGGCGCGGUGCGGGGAUGUAAUCGGGGACCUGGAAGCAGAGAUCCAGGCCGUGAAGGAUAAAGCGGCUAAACGGGCUGUGAAGGAGGCGACGCAUCAGCGGGCGUUGGAGGAAGGCUUGGAGAGACGCAAGGCGGUUGUUGGAAGUGGGGGAGAUGGACCGCAGGCCGGAAGUGGGAGGGGAGAUGCGGCUAAACGGCGUGGGCGCAGGUUUUGGGGCAUGGGGAAUAAGCGUGAGGCAGAGGAUAUUGAUCAGGAUGAUGGGUUCUUUGAUGCAGGAGGAGACGGGAUGGAUAUUGAUGAAGGUGCUGGGGCUGGGGGGUCUGGACGGGGCAAUGGGAGUCGGACGAAGAGAAUACUUGGGCGGCAAGGUUGA